GAGAGACGAGAGAGGGGAAUCAUUUACGAAAUAUCACUGCUAGAGCUCAGACACAUUACGAUCAGCUCCUUCUACUGCAAUUCUUGUACCACCUCAGUUGAAAUUACACUGUUUAUCUUCAAGUUUCUAGCUGGAAAUUGUUAACAUCAUGUUGCGCACUGGAUCAUCAAAAUAUCUGCAGUUGCCUGCCCACGACUCGUCAGACAUUGGCAAACCAAGUCCUCUGGCUCUACUGGCUGCAACAUGUCAACGAAUCGGUGCUGGAUCACCAUCGUCAUCACAAUCCCCAAGGCAUCGACCACGUACUCCUUCUCCAGUCCUACGAUCUGAGCAACCAACGAUUCGACCAACUCCUUCGAUCGUCUCUGCGCCUACUCGAUCACCCGUCAUGCCUGUGUCGCCGGUUGCAAGAGAGACGACUUCUGACCACCCCAAGGCGUGCAAGUCACCAGCCGCCGCCUACCAGUACCCGCUCACUCCACCCUCGUCUCCGCAACAACUUGAGAGCAAGGUUCCGUCAUCUCGUAUGUCCAGCGUACCUGUUCCAGUAAGCAGUCCGGUCGAGCGACUAAGCUACGCCGCUGAGCACCCAUGUCAUCUCCCUCUCCAACCGGUCCUCCACAUGCCGAGUCUCCACUACUCGCCGUACACGAUGGUUGUUCCAGCACCCAGUUCUAUCAUCUCUCCGUACACCACAAGCUGCGUGAACCAGUGCUGCUGUACCCCUCACCUUCCUGCAGUCCAUCCCAUGCUCAGCCUACCAGCCGGUGCAUCAUUCGCAGCAGGUGCACGUCUCCAACCAACAGCUCCACUGUCACCACCCUUGUCGUUCGGUACCUACUUGCACCACGACGUCGAAGCUCGAUUGUCGUCUGCUGGGAAGAUGAAGUCUCAUCAUGCUAUGAUAUCAUCUGGACACUUGUAUCGCCCCUAUGACUUUACCAAGCACCCAAGUAGGAGACAGGCCGAAGAGGAAUUCAUUGACGUCGUGUCUGUUUGAAACUUUCUGAGCAUCAUCAAAAACAUUGCCUUUUCGAAAAAGAUGGACAAUAAUUUAUGUGAACUAUGUCAGUAUCGUGCAUCCCAGCUGGACUGGAUCAUGUCAAGUUUGAACUACUUGAUAAAUCGUCUUGCCUUAUGUCAAUAAUAAUAAAGCAUGGUUUUAUAGCCAUUCAAAUUGAAAA